AUGAACCGCCACUAUGCGUCAUCAGAUUCAUCCCAUCACUUCAAUAUCUCCAGCAAAACAGUGGUUCCUGAAGCUAACAAGAGGCAGAAUUAUAUGAUUAAUGCACUUUUGAAGAAACAGCAUACAUGGAGGCACCUUUUGUUGUCUUCCAAGAGUUUGGACAGUAUGAAAAUCAGCAACGAUUCAAUGCCACAGUUUCACUGUGACAACGAGUCUCUCGUCCUGAGGUUUACUGUGGCCAAGCACACCCAUCAGUUCUUGUUCAACGAGAACUUCUCACCCAUCAACAUCCAGCAUCUCCCAGCCCACUGCAGGCACACUACAGAGAAACGUGGAUCAUGGAUGCUACUUAAGGUCUUCUUUAAAGGCUGCUACCUUCAUCAUAAGGUGAUGGAGUGGAUGCAGCUCCACUCGGUGACAGUGCAGUACUUUGACCGCGAGCUGAUGCGCAAUGUAACAGCGGCGGCGUCGUGCCUCGAGCUCACGCCAUCACGCGCAGCUUCAAGGACUGUAGCUCCCGUGGUGAAGUGUGAGAAGAAUGAAAUGACAGUGAAGCUGCUUGGACGCACUCUGAAGCACGUUUUAGUGUCUGAUCUCCAUGUUGAUCAAGGAAAGGAUGUCAAACAAUGGACAAACAAUUGGUUUCUGUAUGUCAAAAUGAAUAUUGAGAAAGAGCAAGCGUUAACUCUGAUUUAUCUUGAUCUUUUUGGAAAACUUAAAAAAGUGAAAGUCUCUUGCACCCAGAAAAAUAGGUCACGUUUACCUAGAGCCACCUUUGACAUUUACUGGGAAGAUAUUUCUGAACUCUCACCAUUUUUUGACCAAGCUUUUCCAACAUUUCUUGGAUUGGAGGUGGAAAGGUUCAGCACCAUGACCACCACCACCAUCUACAUCAGCAGCUGCUACAACUUCUGGUCCAAUAACUUCAUCAGCAUCCGUCACAACUGUAAUCCUUGCAACAACAGCAGAUACCACCACACAUGCACCUUUGACAACAACAGUCACUGA